AACACUAAAACGGAAGGAAGAGUGAAGGUGAAGAAAGGAGAGCUAUGGCGGCAAACCUCGCGAGCAGCGGGGAGGGCAUGUGGAGCCUGCUGGGUGCCCAGAUGAUGCUUUCGAGGCUGCGCUGCUGCUUCAUUCAUUGCGCCUCACCCUGACCUUCUCGCUUUCCCUCCACGUCCCAAAGACGGCGCAGCACCGCUUCAUACCGCCAGAACCACAUUGGAGACACCGCGUGCUACUCCAUUCGACAGCCUUCUUCCUACCGUUGAAUCGUGGUUAAAUUCCUUCGGAGUCAGAAACUGUGAAUGCCGGAAUUGUUGUUCAUGGUAGCUCGUAUGCUUUUGGCAGUGUGACGUGCCUCGUUGUGGAUUUGUGUAAAUUUAGGCUUAGCAUAGAAAUCGAAGCGUUUUUAAUUAAUCAUUGAUGGGCAGACAUGACGUCUCAAAAAAGUAUUUCAAGCUUUUUCCAAGCGCCCAAGAGAUUGAAAGUGGUAGAAGAAACCGCAGCAAGCGCGAGGUCAAAAGAAGAUUCUUCCAGCGAUGUUACUCCAACGGAAGAAAAUGACGACGUGUCUGUUGAAAUAGCGCCGCCUGCGGAAGGCAAAAAGAAGCGGAAGGAACGUGAAGACAAUGAAGAACAGGAAAAACCCUCGACAGAAGUGCCGGAGUUAAAAGAUAGUGUUGAAAGUCAAGAGAAUGCCUUGCCUGAAAUGACCCUGGAGCAGAAGCAGAGAAUGGAGGCCAAUAAGGCGGGAGCACGAGCUAAGCGAAAUCUCAAAACUUGUGAAGAGCAUGUAGCUAAUGCAAAAGAGGCUGGAGUUGCAUUUCCGAAGUUUUCUCUGUUGCUGGUCGAUGAGAGCUGGCUUGAAGUAUUGCGAGAAGAGUUACAAAAGCAGUACAUGGAUAAACUGUAUCGGUUUGUACUGGAAGAAGCAUCUGGCAAGUUUCCCAUCUACCCUCCUGCGGCUAAAGUGUUCAAUGCUUUCAACACCUGCCCAUUCAACUCUGUGAAGGUUGUCAUUCUUGGUCAGGAUCCUUAUCAUGGUCCUGGGCAAGCAAUGGGCUUGAGUUUUUCAGUUCCGGAAGGGAUCAAAAUUCCAUCGAGUUUGGUCAAUAUUUUUAAGGAGAUUAAAAAUGAUGUUGGAUGUCCUAUCCCUAAACAUGGCAAUCUGGAGAAGUGGGCUUAUCAGGGCGUGCUCCUUCUCAACACAGUGCUUACAGUGCGAGACCAUCAAGCAAAUUCACAUGCCAAGAAAGGCUGGGAAAUGUUCACGGAUGCUGCAAUACGUGCCCUAUCUCAGCAAAGGAAAGGCAUUGUCUUUAUUCUAUGGGGCAAUUCUGCACAGGAGAAGACCAGGCUGAUUAAUGCCAGUGCUCACCACAUCUUGAAGACAGCUCAUCCUUCUGGUCUCUCAGCAAAUCGAGGUUUCUUUGGUUGCAGGCAUUUUUCUCAAACAAACAAGUUUCUAGAAAACGCUGGGCAAUUGCCAAUCGACUGGCAGCUGUAAUGAUUUCGCCGCAUUGGGCAGUGCACAUACACUGCCUCGACAUUAAUGCGUACCAUAUCGCUUUGUGAUUAGUAUAGUGAACAUUGGCUUGGAAUUGCUAUCCUUCAAGAUGUUGGGGCACGACUUUCCGUGCAGUUUGGUGAACGGAAAACUUAGGACUUUUUGAUCAUGCGUGGUGUUGUCACUUGUGAAAAGUUGACGCUAUCUAUUUUGUAUUUAUCAGUUUAAUAGAUUUGACAACAUAUCUUCCUGGAUAGAUUUUAUCUGUUGUCUUGAGAACACAGUAUGUUACAGGGAUUUGUUCACUCUCUUUAAGUAAUGUCAUCAACAUUUUUUUGA